AUGCGCCGGCGCGCGGUGGCCACGCGCCUCUGUCCUUCUGUCAAAGGAGGAAGAACACCGGGGAGCCCCUGGUGGGCUGGGCCGGAUCAGGAGCUGGACUGGCUCUGCUGCAGUUUUGUCGACCGCAGAUAUGAAGAAAGUGACAUCCCCAUCUUUGACGGUCAUGAGUAUCCCAAAUGGAAGGCCAUGAUGAAGAAGCGUCUCAUGGCGAUGAACAGCGAGCUGUGGACCGUCACUGAGAUUGGUCUGACCGACCUGUGCAAGAUGGCGGAAGCUGAUGACGUCUAUGAAGGCCAUCGAACCUGUCAUGACCCUUGGUUUGAGGACUUCAAGGAAUCUCUCAAGUCAAUGACAUUUGAACCAGAAUCAUCAUCAUCCUCAUCAUGCCUUAUGGCAGAUGAUCAGCUUAACUCUCUCUUAUCUGAUCAUGAGAAGCUAAGAAUGAGUUAUGAAGAUCUUCAGAAGGAGCGCGAUUCAUUACUUGCUCAACAAAUCAGCGCUACUCAGGAAGAAUUUGUUCCUCCAUGUUUGAAAUGCAUUGAACGAGAAUCUGCUAAUUCUUCACCUGAAUGUUCAAAUGCUUCUAAUGUUACAAAUUCUUCACCUGCCUCUGCUAUCACUAAUUCCUCAUCUGAGGACAUUGCUAGUAUCACUAACGAUGCAGGGCUGAAGGAAUUGUACAUGACAGGCAUGUACAAAAGCCUCAAAGGGCAUCAGACUCUUUGUGAUGUGCUUAAAAAUCAGAUCCUCAACAGGAACCCUAGGAAAGAGGGUAUUGCCUUUGAGAGGAAACUCAAUGCUGAUGGUACAUAUUGGAAGCCUGAGCAGUACCCCAAAACCUCAUGGGUUGCUGCAAAAGGACCUCCAGUUGGUCCAUCUAAUUUAUCUAGCUAUACAUGUGAAUCUUCUCAUUCUUCUGAUGAGUCAUUUGACUCCAACUAUAAACUGUUUAAAAAUCAGAAUGGUGAAGUAUUUGCUAGAUAUGUUGGCACUAACUGUAGGAAUGGUUCCCCUAUGAAGAAAAUCUGGGUUCCCAAAAGGUGCCUUGAAAGUCUUCGGGUGAAUGUCCUCAUGACACCACCUGUGAAGAAUAGGAACCCCAGAUCAAAUUCUUCAUAUGGACCAAAUUCUUCAUAUGGAUCCAAGUCCUCAUACGGACCAAAUUCCUCACGUGGAUCAAAUUCCUCAAAAGGAUCAAAGUCCUCAUAUGAACAUCAUCGUGCUAACAACUCUGUUUCGCAGGGAAGAGCCAAGGGCUAUGAAUAUGAGCAUUAUUCUUCUAAUCAUUAUGUUCAUAAGUCCUCGAAGAAUUUCUCUGCUUAUUCAUAUGCUUACCCUAACCCCUCUUAUGUGAAACGAAAUGGUUUGGCCUCUAUGCCACCAUUCUCAUAUGGAGCUCACAGAGUGAUGAACUCUUUGCCACCCCUUCAGAUGUGGCUGAAGAAUAUGGCAGAUGGUAAGAAGCCACAGAAAGGAGGAAAGAAACCUGAGGUUAUGACUGCAUUUGAAAUCCCUGAGGAUAUAUAUGCUGUGUACUGCACACCUGAUGAAGCCAAGUUUGGCAAAGAAAACAAAAAUCAGCACAAGAUUGAUGAGGAAAUUAAAGUGGAUGCGAUCCCUUCAACCCUAGUGGUAUCAUCACCAAUGCCUCAGUUUACUGCUGAAGAGGCUGGUGUUGAAGAAAUUGAUGAUGAAGAUGUGGACAUCGGAAGCACAACUCCAGUGAUGAAUGAUGACUUUUGGGAAAGUCAGCAUCCAAAUUCUCCACUCUUCACCCCACUACAGCAAAUCCCUCACUCCCCUGCACCAACAGUUCAAUUGGGCUCUGAAGAAACUCAUCCCACCUCAUUUGUCCGUGAAGACAUUCCAGCCACUAGUGCUGAAGAAACUGUUGCUGCUGACAAUGUGACUGUACCUGAGGAGGAACCAGAAAUUCCUCAGCCUGAAGAACCUGAGCUCAUGAUUCCUGAGUUCUAUGCAACGUUGCACAUCACAGGCGAUUCUGAAGAUGUGAAUUCAUGGGUCCUGGACUAG